AUGGCUGACAAGAUCUUGACCCCAGAGUCCCAGUUGAAGAAGUCCAAGGCUCAACAGAAGUCGGCUGAGCAAGUCGCUGCUGAGAGAGCUGCUCGCAAGGCUGCUAACAAGGAGAAGAGAGCUGCCAUCUUGGAGAGAAACGCUGCUUACCACAAGGAGUACGAGACCGCCGAGAGAGCCGUCAUCCAGGCCAAGAGAGAGGCCAAGGCCAACGGCUCCUACUACGUCGAGUCCCAGCCAAAGUUGGUCUUCGUCAUCAGAAUCAAGGGUAUCAACAAGAUUGCUCCAAAGCCAAGAAAGGUCUUGCAGCUAUUGAGAUUGAACCAGAUCAACUCCGGUGUCUUCGUCAAGGUCACCAAGGCCACCACCGAGCUUUUGAGAUUGGUCGAGCCUUACGUUGCCUACGGUUACCCAUCCUACUCCACCAUCAGACAGUUGGUGUACAAGAGAGGUUACGGUAAGAUCAACAAGCAGAGAAUUGCUUUGUCUGAGAACUCCAUCGUCGAGGCCAACUUGGGCAAGUACGGUAUCAUCUCCGUCGACGACUUGAUCCACGAGAUCAUCACUGUCGGCCCACACUUCAAGCAGGCCAACAACUUCUUGUGGCCAUUCAAGUUGUCCAACCCAUCCGGCGGCUGGGGUGUGCCAAGAAAGUUCAAGCACUUCAUCCAGGGCGGUGCCUUCGGUAACCGUGAGGAGUUCAUCAACAAGUUGGUCAAGUCCAUGAACUAA